AACUAUAGCCUAAAAUUCAUUAACCUAUUGCUAAUGUUAAAUUUGUGUUUAAGCAAGAAUGUAACCUAAAUUUAUGUUAAGCCUAAAUCUAACAUAAACCCAUUUUAAUUAAAGUAUUAUUAUUAUUAUUAUUUUAAACUUUAGCUUUAGGGUGACAAGAGGAGUGACAAGAGGUGGCAACCGGUAGGUGUAGAAGGUCUUGGAGAGGUCGACUGAAUGGAGGGAUAGGAAGGGGAGUGGAGGAGAUGAGUAGGGGGAUACGAGGUGGUGUGGGUUACCAUGAUUUCAACCAAGAAGGCUCUGAGAAAGUGAGAGGCAAGAGGUAAGAUGAUAAAGUGCUUCAUGGGGCAGAGACAUGCACAUCAGUUGUCAAAAUAGUGGGGAGAAAAAAUGGGUAUUAGAGCAUGGGUGGUUGUUUUAUUAUACUUUUGUGAGCAAUCUCGAUGCCAGCUGCAAUUAAUGGGUUUCAUAGGAGUGGGCAACUGUAUCCUGGAAAACAUAUAUUAAAGCCAUGUCCGUGGGCAUAUGUUGAAGACCGAGUCUUAUGGAAACUCUUUCACCAAGUUUUUAACAAGAUGAGCAUCGUCUUUUGGAGGCUUGAUUAGGAUAAACAAAGGACCAUCUUGCUGGUAUAAUCAGCAUUAACAAAACUUCGUGCUUAGCUAUGCACUAUUGUUUUUUAUGGUCCUUUCCGGUCGACCUACUGAGUACCUAAUUUUUGGACAUGCAUUGUUUAGCAGUUCAUCAGAGGAGGAGACACUGCCCUAUAAUUUUUUCCAGCAAGAAAUUGAUUAAAGUUGUACAGGCUUCUGUUAUCCCAAUUUCACCUUCUUUGCUAGCUAAUGAUGUUCAAAGAAUCGAUAUGUGUAAAACUUAUGGCUUUAUGAAAAUUGGGGAAGCAGUUCCCAAUAAUGUAACUCUCAAAGACAUCAUUACAACCCUCCCAAAAAAGGUAUUUGAGAUUGAUGAUAUUAAAGCAUGGAGGUCUGUUUUGGUAUCAGUUGUUUCUUAUGUUUUGGGAAUUUUGAUGAUUGCAAAAGCUCCAUGGUACUUGCUCCUGCUUGCAUGGGCAUGGACUGGAACUGCUGUUACGGGGUUUUUUGUGAUAGGCCAUGAUUGUGCGCAUAGGUCCUUCUCAAGGAAUAAAUUGGUGGAAGACAUAGUUGGAACUCUGGCUUUUUUACCUCUCAUUUAUCCAUAUGAGUCUUGGCGCUUCAAACAUGACAAACAUCAUGCCAAAACAAACAUGUUAUUAGAGGAUACUGCCUGGCAUCCAAUUUUUAAAGAGGAAAUUGAUGCAUCCCCGUUGCUGAGGAAGUCACUAAUCUUCGGUUAUGGUCCACUUAGACCUUGGAUGUCAAUAGCUCAUUGGUUGAUGUGGCACUUCGAUUUGAAGAAGUUCAAACCAAAUGAAGUAGGUCGUGUCAAGAUAAGCUUGGCAUGUGUCUUUGCUUUCAUUGCAAUUGGGUGGCCGUUGAUUAUUUAUAAAACUGGCAUUGUAGGAUGGAUCAAGUUUUGGCUCAUGCCAUGGCUAGUUUAUCACUUCUGGAUGAGUACUUUCACUAUGGUCCAUCACACUGCUCCUCACAUACCAUUCAAAGCAUCGGAUGAGUGGAAUGCUGCCCAAGCCCAGCUCAAUGGAACCGUCCAUUGUAAUUACCCUCGUUGGAUAGAGGUGCUGUGCCAUGAUAUUAAUGUGCAUAUUCCCCAUCACAUUUCCCCAAGAAUUCCAUCCUACAACCUUCGUGAGGCACAUCUUUCACUCCAACAAAAUUGGGGCAAGUAUCUGAAUGAAGCCAACUGGAACUGGCGUUUGAUGAAAACGAUAAUGACCACUUGCCAUGUAUAUAACAAGGAAAAGUACUACAUUCCCUUCGAGGAGAUUGCGCCGGAUGAGUCGCAGCCACUUGCGUGCCUCAGGAAUUUCAUGCCGGAUCAUGCAUAGUCUGUUCCAUUCUUUGAUGCCAGCAUGGGAUAAGCACGGGUUAUUUACAAGACGAUUCAAGGAAUAUCAUACACAAUUGUUUUUUUAUUUCUUUUUUUUUUCCUUUUUUUUUUUUUGGGUAUAAUUUCACAAUUUGUAUUGUUUAGCCCAGACGCUUCUGACCUGAGAUUAA